AUGCAUUAUUUGAUGUUGUUCAAUAGAAUCAAAUAUUGUAUCAAUUUUCAAUAAAUUUUAAGAUUAAUUGAAUAAUCAAGGAUUCUUAGAUAGUUUAUUGGAUGAAUUAGGAUAAUUAAAAGAACAACCAAUAAAUAAUUUCUUUGUUUACCCUUAAAUACAUAAUAAAAGAUAAGUAAAGAUUGUUUAAGAGAAAUUAAAAUUACUGAGAGAUGAGGCAAGCCAAACAGAAAAUGAUUUUUAUACAAAAUUAUUAUUAAAUGAUUAGAGACCUACAUUCUAUUAAGAUUGA